CACCAAUGGAACUCAAAGCCAGAAUUUAUUGUGUGCACAAAUACAGUUGUGAGGUGAGUGCCACAGAAAUUUGGCUCAUUUUAAAAUAUUAAGUUAAGUGCAAAUAACAAUAGAGGGAACAUAAUAAACACUUAUUAUUGCUAAGCCAGGUCAGUUCCUAUGAAGCUCCUUAUUCAGAGGUAUAACAUUUACUUUUUACUUCAUAUUCCAGAUAUAGUGAUGUGAGGAGACAACUGCGGCAAGACAUGGGAUACAUGGAGGGAGACGUGGGCAGCAAUAAUUCCAACACUCUUAAUAACAACAGCAACAGUAGCAGUGGCAGUAACUCAGGACUUGGCCAAGAAGGCCAGCCACAGCAGGAAGGUCAUGUGACUUCAUUCAGCCAAUCGGAAAAUGUUGGGAAGAUGGUACAGUCUCCUGAUAUUGCUUCAAGUAAGAAAAAAAAAAAAGGGCACAAACUUUUGCAGUAAAUUGACAUUGCAGAAAUUUUAUAUGAUUCCUUGGUUGUCAAUGAAAUAUCAUGUUGUUGCCAUAUUAUAUCAUAUCAUAUUAUCACAGCACUCCACAGUUUAAUAAUUCUCUCAAUCCCUUAAUGACAUCAGCGAAUCAAACUUAAACUGUUUCCAAUUUUGAUAAUUCACUACUAAAUUUUUAAACUAAAGGAAAUUUAAACCAUUUUUUUAAAUUUGAAAGAAGUGGACUGGGAGGAGCAAUUAAGGCUUUGAAACAACUUGGAGAGAUUGAUUCUACAUAAAAUGAUUUAAUUCAAAGUUUAACUCCCUCAUAUACAGGGAGUGCCACAUGAUCUGAGCUUAAGAUUGGUCAAAAUUAAGUUGAGUUACUGUUGAUGGGCUGUGUCAAAUAUAAACUGCCCAUAUAAAGCUGUGAUGAUGAGCUUGUCCAUUUUUUCCCUGAAAGGUCAGCACUCUGACAGUGACUGUCCUCAGCAGCCACACUCCACCAAGCAAGAGAGCAGCACCCGUAAACAUGUCAGCAGCCAGCUUCAGUCACUGUUGCAGCUUCACCUGCAGAGAUCCCUGGCUGCCUCUUCUGCAUCACAGGUGGUCAACAGCUCAGCACCAUCCAAGUCGGCAGUCUCCUCUCAAGCCCCCAACACUUCUCAGACUAUGGUAAUUAUAUGUAAAGAAGCAAUGUAGGAUUUAUAAGUCAUUCUCUUAACCCGCAGAGUGAAUAUUCACCUGUAUUUUAUUGUCAUGUGGAAGAACUGCAUAUCCUUGAAUAUUUCAAUAUAAAAAUGUAGUUAAGGACAGUAGAAAAAUGUUACUUAACAUUUUCUUUACAUUCUUCCAGAAGAAAUGCUUCAAAUUUUUCUAAAGAGAUUUUUUUUUUUUGAAGUUCAUAUAUGCAGCAAUACUGAAUAUUAAAUUUGUCUUUCAUGUUUGUUAAUAACAACUGGGCCUAUUUUGGGGGUGAGAGCCAUGGUACACUAUGGUAUUAAAGUGAACCAGUCACAUGUGACCAGAAAUAUAUGGGGUUUUAUGAGAACUUGUGGGAUCCUAAAACCCAUAGGAAUUUAGGAACUGAAACAUCCUCUGAGACAUUUUUCAGAGUAGAGGCAGGGUGGCUUUCAAGUUUAAUCCCUGACAUAUAUUUCAAUGUUCCCCUAAUCACGUAUUUUACAUUGUAAUUGUUCAGGUCACAAGUAGUUCUCAGGCUACCCUUGUCACGCCAUGUCAACAAAUCUCUGUCAGCCAAUCAAGGACAGUCCCAAAUCUCGUGCCCAUCAUGGCUGCCAUGUCAACCAGUUUAGUCACCAUGGCAACAAACCAUAGGGUGAGUGCAUUUGUGUACAAUUGUAAUGUUUAUUUCUUGGACUGAAAAUAUGCAAGCACUGCAACAAAAUUCUCCUUGUUAAAAAUGGACUCACUAUAUCAUUAUGCUAGAGACAUUUUAAUUUUCUGGUUUGUUUUCACGUGUGAAUAAAUGGGCCUUUUCAAAUACAACGUAAUAUCGAAUCUGAGUUCAUUUAAAAAAAAAUAUAACUGAUGUUUGUUUAAAAAAAAAAUUUUUUUUAAAAUAAUUAUGGCAUUAUUUUUAAUUUUUCAUAGUUAAAAUUGAAAGACAAAAAUAGAUUUAAAAAAAAGACAUAUUUCAUUUUUGUACUUCUACUAUAAUGCAGGAUAUUAUAGCAUGUAAUGAAUGUUUCUUAAAUUCCUAAAUCUUUCUUUAUUCUUAAAUUUUUAUUAAGAUCACUGAAUGGUUGUUAAAUAUAUAAUUGUUUAAACUCUGAUUUAAACAAAAAAAAAAUUAAUUUAAAUAUCUGAAUCUUCUUCUUCUUAUAUUAGAGGGGCCCACGAUCAAUUUGUUGAUCAUUCUGGCCCCUGGUUUAAAUUCAGAGUUUGCCUUCUCUUAGAUGGGUUGCCGUCCAAGGCUUACAAGUCCCAUCCCCCUGGGGUGCUGGGAUGUUGCCUUUGGUGAGGAUUGAACUCCAGACCACCAACUAUUUGGUUUGAAACAGUUUAGACCGCUUCAGAAUGUUUUAUUUUCCACAGCUGCUGAGCUCAGUGCCUUCCAACAUUAGUUGUCAGGCUUCUGCCAUUAUCUCCUCACCUCUGACCUCUCCCAUUGUGUGCACUGACCAAAGGCCUACUGUGAGUAUCAAAUUGGUUCAUUCAGUUAUUUUUGCAAUCUGAGAUAAUAUUCCAGAAAAAAAUUACGCAAAUAAAUUAUUUUCUAGUACUAAACAAGUUUGAUAUUGACACUAUGUAAUGUUAUAUUUCUAGUAUCAAACAAUUCAGAUAUUGACACUGUAAUGUUAUAUUUCUAGUAUCAACAAGUCAGAUAUUGACACUAUGCAGUGUUAUAUUUUUAGUAUCAAGAAGUCAGAUAUUGACACUAUGAAAUGCUAUAUUUCUAGUAGCAAACAAGUCAGAUAUUGACAAUAUGCAGUGUUAUAUUUCUAGUAUCAAACAAGUCAGCUAUUGACACUAUGAAAUGUUAUAUUUCUAGUAGCAAACAAGUCAGAUAUUGACAAUAUGCAGUGUUAUAUUUCUAGUAUCAAACAAGUCAGCUAUUGACACUAUGAAAUGUUAUAUUUCUAGUAGCAAACAAGUCAGAUAUUGACAAUAUGUAAUGAUAUAUUUCUAGUACCAAACAAGUCUGUUAUUGACACCAGCCCAACAGCUGCUGCAUGAGCAACUUCGUCACAAGUCUGAGCAGCUCCAGGCGGCGAUCCAAAGACAGCAGGAGGAACUGAUGCUGAUCAAGGAGCAGCUGGCAUAUGCCCAGGGCAGUAACCAAAUGGUUUCU